AUGCUGCAGUAGUCAUCUCUUGAGCUUCAUUAUAUAUGCACGGGGCGGCGCUAAUGUGCGCCGCUCCGGACGGUCUAUUUAAGCGGACUUUGGCGGGCGGCUUUCCGCCAAGUCGACUUCCUCGGUCCGACGUUUACUUGAAGCGAUGGCGUUCGUCGCGGACGACAAGCUGAGCAACGAGAUAUUCUCCAUCCUGGAGAGCAAGUUCCUCUUCCCGCUCUCCUCCUCCGCCGCUACUUCUCCAGGAAUCCCGGAGGCUCCGCCUCGCGGCGCCGCGGCUGGAAGAGUCCGCGUCCUGUCGAUCGACGGUGGAGGGAACCCCUCCGACGGCCUCCUCGCCGCGGCCUCUCUUGCACGGAUGGAAUCCUCUUUACGCAGCCGUACAGGCGACGCCUCCGCCUGCAUCGCCGACUUCUUCGACCUCGCCGCGGGGUCCGGCGCGGGCGGUGUCCUCGUUGCGAUGCUCUUCGCCAGGGGCCACGAAGGCCGCCCCCUCUUCUCCGCCGCCGACGCCCUGCAGCUCCUCCUAGCCGAGAGCCGCCGCCGAAGCGGAGGGGUCUUCGGCUCCGCUUCCACGAGGAGGGGCCUCUUCCGGGGAUUAUUCGGUAGUCUACCGGGGGAUUUACUCCGGCAGAUCUUUGGGGAUUCGUCCCUGAGGGAGACGCUCAAGCCGGUACUGAUCCCCUGCUAUGACCUGGCCACAGGGGCGCCCUUCGUCUUCUCGCGAGCAGACGCCGUGGAGUCGGACGCGUACGACUUCCUCAUCCGAGAUGUGUGCGCGGCUACCUGCGCGGACGCUGUCGAGCUGCGGUCGGUGGAUGGGCGCACGCGGGUGUCGGCGGUGGGCGGAGGGGUGGCUCUGGCGAACCCCACAGCGGCAGCCAUCACCCACGUGCUACACAACAAGCAGGAGUUUCCUUUGGCGGUCGGAGUCGAGGACAUCAUGGUCGUGUCGCUGGGGGCUUCCAGUGCCGCUAAUUUUUCCCUGAAGGGAAAGUCACAGAUCCGAAGGAUCGCCGUCGACGGUGCCGCUGAUACGGUAGAUCAAUCAGUGUCGACGGCAUUUGGAGGACUGAGAACGAGCAACUACGUUCGCAUCCAGGCGAAUGGAUUCACGUCCGGUGGCGGCACGCCGAAGACGAUGAUGGAAGCGAUCGAUGAGAUUUUGUCGCAGAGGAACGUGGAGUCGUCGCUAUUUAGAGGGAAGAAGAUCUCGGAGCAGACCAAGGCUGAGACGCUCGAGUGGUCCGCCGGCGAGCUGGUGAAGGAGGAAGAGCAGAGGUGGAAGAGCUCGAUUCCCACGGUGAUGGUGAAGCAAAUGGUGACGCCGAGAACGUCGUCGGCGACGACGGCGUCGAGCACAUCUCGAUGGCCCUAAAAUAAUUACAAUUUAACCGAAGAAGUGAGAAAAUUGAGUGGAUAUUGAUUAAAUU